GACCGCGGGCGCGCGGCGCGGGCACCUGCGUCCCGCCUAGAGCCAGAAGCUUAAGUGAAAAUGGUACGUGAAACAAGGAGGAAUUCUAAAAUUCAAGAGCGUGAGCAGAAAUCUCGAAUUGAUUGGAAGCGGACUAAAAGAAGUAUCUCACAGUUAUUGGAUAGUGAUGAAGACCUUGAGAGUGAAGACCUUGAGAGUGAUGAAGAGCGUGAUAGUGAUGAAAGUAUUGACAGUGAUGAAGAGCUUGCUAGUAACAAAGGGCUUCAAAGUAAUAAAAAGCCAGAAGAUGAAAGUGAGCUUAAGUUAGUUAAAGUUGAAAGUGAAGGCAACAACUGUGAGCAUCUCAUUGACACUGGCAACAGUUCAACAAAUGAAGGAGAAAAUAACAAAGGCAAUCAGAGUAGUAUUGAUUUACCAGACCAGGAAAAGCAUUCAAGUCCAGAGGAUGCUGAUCUCAGCAAGCACACUGAGCAAAUAAUAGAGGAGGAUUUAGAAGAAGAAAACGUAAAGCGAGGGAAGAGAAGAAGAACCUUGGUGAUGAGUGACAGUGAUGAGAGUGGUGACAGCGACGUACUGGUGAGGAAAGUAGGUGUUAAACGUCCGCGUCGAGUGGUUGAAGAUGAAUGUUCUUCAGCGGAGAUGGAGCAGAAUCAACCUGAGAAAACUUCCACUGCAAGAAAGCAAGAAAUACUCCAGAAGCUGAAAGAACUCUCAAAACAAAGAUCUCAUCAGAGACGUAAUAGUAGUAGAGAUCUUGAGGACUCUGAAAGGGAAUCCUGCCCAAUCAGUGAUGAAAAUGAUGAAGAUGAGGAGGAGAGUGAUGAAGAUGAGGAGGAGGAGGUUGAUGAAUCUGAUGAAGAUGGAGAUAAUUACAUUAUUGAUGACUUUGUAGUACCAGAUGAGGAGGGUGAUGAAGAGAAUGAAAGCCAGCGAGGAGAACAAUUGGCUACAUCACAACUGAAAUCUAAUUCACUUUUUUCUUUUAGUGAUCCCUACACACACUUUGAAAGAGUUGUGAAGGCUCUCCUGAUCAAUGCUUUAGAUGAAUCAUUCCUGGGAACAUUAUAUGAUCGCACCAGGCAGGAAUCAUAUGUACGAGAAAUGCUGACAUCUCUUGAUAAUUUGGACAACCGCGUUGUUCAGCCUCGUCUGGAGAACUUAUUCUCUAGGAGUCGUUGGAAAGAGCAGUAUAAGGAGCGGGUAGGAAGUUAUUCUAAUGUGAGCAUCUGUCCAAAGACUGCUAAAGACUGUUCCUGCCAGGCUUGCGGGUUGCAUCGCCACUGUGCAUAUUUAGUGAGAUUAUCAGGGAAGCAGUACAACCCCAGGACUAUGAAAACUGAUGAUUUCAUGCCAUGGGACAAGCAGGAAUAUUUUAUUGGCAGAAUUUGUGCUAACCGUACCAGAGUUUAUCACAAUCUGAAACAUUUUAAAUUCAAGCUGUAUCAAGAAUGUUGCUCCAUAGUAAAUACAGAAAAACGUGAGGAUGAAGACGUUAAUGAAACAGUGGAAAGAAUUCUCAAUCAGUCAGAAGAAAAUGGCUGGAUUAAGGAGAAAUAUGAUCUACUUCAAAGAUAUCUCGAUGAUGCGGAUUACUUUCAAGAUGAGAAGUUUGCAAUGUAACACUUUUUCUUCAGAGAUUUUAUGAAUUCCUGUAGAUGUGAAGAUCAUGAAUGUCUACUUCAAAGAUAUCUCGAUAAUGCGGAUUACUUUCAAGAUGAGAAGUUUGCAGUGUAACACCUUUUCUUCAGAGAAGAUUUUAUGAAUUCCUAUAGAUGUGAAGAUCAUGAAUAUUGUUUCUCUGUAUCAUGUGACGUAUUUGUAUAUUUUCUGUAUAUCUUCAUGGCAAAUUAUCUUGUUUAAAACAUGUUCAUCUUAAUUUCCAUGAAGUGGUACUCUACAGUCUAAUAAACUUUUAUCUGCUAUACAUAGAAAACAUAGGCCUAAUCACUUUUAAAUGUAUUUUGAAGUUAAUAACAAUAUCUUUAUAACAGAUGAUUAUCAAUCAAGUGAAUAAAUGUUCAUGUCCUGUCAACUUAAUAGAAAAAUACUGUAUUUUUAAAAUGUACUUAGACCAACAUCAACAUGUAUGUAUUGCUAACUAAUAUCGACAUGUAUAUAUUGCUGACAGACAUUAACAUGUAUGUAUUGCUGAAUCCCUGCCCAGAUGUGUUUGUUAUCCUAUUUUCACUAAUUUAUUUUUUACUGCUAUCAUGUAAAUCAGUUGGCCAUGGAAUAGACCUCAGUGUUUCAUUCAGUUCAAUGCCCUUGCCUCAGAAUCAGACUAUAGUAAUUUUUUCUUUUUCUAAAGUUUCCCUUAGAAAUAAAUUUCAGGCCUCCAGAGUUUUAAUCCUCAUAUUCAGUAAUCAUUUAAUAAUAUGUAUUUUCAUGCUUCGUAAUGUUUUCCUUUUUUCUUUUCAAUUUUGUCUAUGUGUUAAUAAUUAAGAUGUAUUUUAUUGCUUUUUAACAAUAAUUUUAUAAUAUAACUAUUUCUGUUAGGAUCAGAAGUUCUCAGAGAGAUAGAUUCAGCCAAAUAUAUUUUAAAAGUAUACUUUGGCAUCUGCAUUGCUUUGCACAUCUAAAUGUUUCCAUAAUUUAAUAAAAGUAAAAUGGUUUCAGAG